AUGGUUCUUGGUCGUCGCUCACUCAGCUCGCUCGCGCGGCCAGUCGUUACGCGGCUCACGAGCCAUGGCGGGGUGCGCUGUCGCUCCUCCACACCGCCUUUGCUCUACACUGCCUCUGCAGCAUCGCCGCUGACGCUCCGCCGCAGUGGCUUCGAGCUUCGCCACUGGCCGUCAGCCGUGGUCGACUUUUACAACGACGACCUGAUCCGAUCGCAGUACUACCCGGAGACGGCAGAGCUGGUCCGAGCGGCCUGUGGCGCGGAGGACGUGUUUGUCUUUCAGCACAUGCGCCGCGACUCGAGCGCGCUUAACAAGGAGAGUGGCGAGGAGUGGUCUUACGAGAGCGGCGGCGCGCGCAACGCCGCCGAGGCAAAGGCGCACGGUGCGGUGCAGCGCGUGCACGCCGACUACACACCAGAGAACGGUCCUCGCAAGCUCCGUGAGCUGGCGGAGGCGGGCGUGGUGUCAGAGCGCGAGAUCGCGCACCGGCGCUGGUCGAUCGUCAACGUGUGGCGCUCGAUCGACGCCGAGCAGCCAGUGCGCGCGCAGCCGCUAGCCGUCCUGGACGCGUCCACGGUCGCAGCCGAGGACACGUUCACGUACGCGCUGGUGAUGGACGAGGCCGAGCCGCCCCUCGUCGGCUUCAACAACGGGGUUGGCUUCUCCGAGCGGCACGCCUGGUACUACUACCCGCACAUGCGGCACGAGGAGGCGCUGCUCUUCUACACGUACGACGGCACUGCGCCACUCGAGGGGCCGCGCCGCCGCGCAGGAGCAUCGAGUGCCGCUGCCUCGCGCUCUUCAGCUAGGCGGGCAGACGCGUGGAGCCCGUGCACGAUCGCCGGCUGUACUGUGCCGUUCCACGAGGCUGGUACGCACCGCCUCUGUAGUAGUGCUCACCACACGGCGGGCGCACGGCGGCCGCAUGCGCGCCAGUCGGGGUGUCGGGGUGUCGCCCAGUCGUCUUGUGUGACCCUUCCUCCCCCACGUGCUGAUGAGCCGGCUUGGGUGGCCGGUGAGGCGUGCGUGGCCACGGUGAGAGCGUGAGAGGCGGCGUGCGGGUCCACAGUAGAAGGCAGGCCCCGUUUUCGAGCCGAUGUACUCUUACUAUACAUGUUCUGGUCA